AAAACAGUAUUGGGAUAGAAAUGAUCCGCGCUCCCCAGUGGGAGGUAUGAAGAGUAACAAAGCAGCAGAACCGCUUGCUGGCUACGGGAUGGGAAAUGUUAGCUUGGCGCCGGAGUUUGUCAGUCGAUGGAAUUACCCUAUUGCCCGCAGAACAAGACAAGAAUAGGCAGUGCUGCACUGAAACACUACAUCAGGAUAGCCUACAUUUGUUUGUUUUUUUGUUGCUGGGGCUGUAUGGUACGAGGGGGUCCAUCGAAUCUAUCGCAUUGUAUUGUCGUAGCAAUUAGCAGUAAAGGGAAAGGCAAAAUGUGGUACUCAAAGUUAGGCUUUGUGAGGUGACUUAACUGGUAAGGGAAAGGCACUUAAGCUACUCACGACACUCACCUACUCUUCGCAAACUUGGGGUAAUCUAUACCCUACCCGUGCUCAUCUGUGGAGCGCGCGCAUCGCAACGCCUCUGCAGUACGGAUCUUGUAACGGGACACUCCGCUUGUCUCAUUUUCUCUCUUCGUAUUUUGAAGACUUUUUAAUCGCGUUUACAGGUUGGGACACUGUGGAUCCCGUGGAUACACCAUGUAGCAUCUGGUAUUUUUCGGUGAGAGUGACUGAUGUUGAAUGAUCAAACGGACUGAGAACUAGAGAGCUCUUCUCUUCACUAAUAUGUGUCUGCAUGACGCCACCAGCCUGGGACCCACUUGAUCCUUCUGCAGAGCCUGAAGGGACUCACCUGAUCCCCAGCCCCAGGAUGCCCAACACCAAGACCAGCCACUGAGCCCCAAGUGUGACCAGCCCAGCCGGCCACCCACCCCGAUGCCGCCAUGCCUAUCAUCAGCAACGCAAACCACGACUUCAGCAACCUCUCGGCCAGCGAUGAUAGCAGCCUCGACGCCAUCUUCACCCAGAUCCCUGAGACAGAGACGGUCAAGGGUGUCUACUACCAGAGGGCCCAGUUCAUCAGACGACCAGAGGACCUACUGUCGGUGGACCACGGUCUACUAGCGGUCAUCAACGUGGGAGGCAACCGCUACACUUUUCCCUGGAGCACGCUGGAGCAGUUUCCCUUGACCCGGCUGGGACGGCUCUGUGGCCUCAGCAGCCCAGAGGAGAUUGCCGGCGUGUGUGACGACUACGACGAGACACGGCGAGAGUUCUUCUUUGACCGCAGCCCCUCGGCCUUCCGCGUCAUCCUCAACUUCCUGGCGGCGGGGAAGCUGCGCAUGCUGAGGGAGAUGUGUGUGCUGUCGCUAAAUGAUGAGCUGCUCUACUGGGGCGUAGAGAUGACCUACAUGGAGCGCUGCUGCAAGAGAAAGAUGUACACGCGCAUCGAGGAGAUGAAGGAACACGAGCGGCAGGAGGAAGAGCAAAGGCAGAGGCACGCCAUGCUGCGCCCCCCAGUUGAGGAGACACGCUAUCGCAAGUUCAUGAACCAGCUGAGGGAUAUGGUGGAGAAUCCCCAGUCUGGCCUGCCAGGAAAGAUCUUUGCCUGCCUGUCGGUGGUGAUGGUAGCAGUGACCGUCAUCAGCCUGUGUAUCAGCACCAUGCCAGACCUCAGGGAGGAGGAGGACAGGGGUGAGUGUUCUCAGAAGUGUCGCCAUAUGUUCAUCGUGGAGACGGUGUGCGUGGCCUGGUUCUCCCUGGAGUGGAUCCUGCGCUUCAUUCAGGCUCGCAGCAAGCUGGAGUUCAUCCGAGGGCCCCUCAACGUCAUCGAUGCCAUGGCCAUCCUACCCUACUAUGUGUCCCUGGUGGUGGAUGAGGAUGAUCCGGCCCUGGACCAUGAGAAGGCCGGGGGGACCAGCUACCUGGACAAACUGGGCCUGGUGCUCCGGAUCCUGAGGGCCCUGAGGAUCCUGUAUGUGAUGAGGCUGGCUCGUCACUCUCUGGGCCUGCAGACCCUGGGCCUGACAGUGAGGAAGAGCACCAGAGAGUUUGGCCUUCUGCUGCUCUUCCUGUGUGUGGCCGUCACCCUCUUCUCCCCGCUGGUUCACCUGGCCGAGAGCGAGCUGACCGGAGCCCAGGACUUCAGCAGCAUACCCGCCUCUUAUUGGUGGGCCAUUAUCUCCAUGACGACAGUGGGCUACGGCGACAUGGUGCCACGCAGCAUCCCUGGCCAGGUGGUUGCGCUGAGCAGCAUUCUGAGUGGCAUUCUCAUCAUGGCCUUCCCAGCCACCUCCAUCUUCCACAUGUUCUCUAAGAGCUACCAGGAGCUCAAGCAGGAGCACAACCGCCUGUUCAAAGAGGAGUGUGCGGCUGCAGCGGCCCUGGCGGCGACCAGCAGGGAAGGUCAGGAGGGGAGCGAGGACUUCCCUCCCCCAGGGCUGCGCCACAUGUGCCCAGACACGGAGAGCACUCGCUCUCUGGAGUCCCUGUCCCUUCUUGAGAACGGCGGUGUGGUCUCAGGGAAUAACCAGCAUAGCCACAGCCCCAGGCUGCCAGCUGGAGCCUUCUAGACAGACAGACAGACAGGCCUCACCUGCCCUGGCCCACAGACCUCACAGCACACUAGGAACAGGGAGGCCUCAGCAGGCUUACUAAUCACAGACUUAAUAGAAGAUGCAGUAAAAGAUCCAAUCCAAAGUAUUUUUUUCCAUGGCUGUCUUUAUCUCUGAAAAUAUUGCGUAGCUCACCCACAACAUAAUUGUUUUAAUUUUAGUCUCAAUCUCUAUCUGAGAUCAGAAUGUGCAGACCUGGGCCAAUGGAAGCCAUAGCCAUCUGUCUACACUAGACCCAUCUGUACUGAGCUCAACUCUGCUGAUUUUAUUUCUGAGAGGCUUUGAAAGCUGUACUUUAAAAAAAAUCUCAGAUGGAUGCUUCUGACUCUCCCAUGCUGAAUAAACCCUCUCUCUUUCUCCCUUUGCAACAAAUGCAAAGACACACACAGACUAACACUGGAUUUGGCUGCUUGAGUGUCUGGAGUCAUGGACAUGGAGUUAUUUGCCACUCCACCACAUCUUCCGUCGUGACCGGCAGGAAGAGGAUAUUGGAUGAGCAGUGAUCAUAGUCCUUUUAUAAUCUACAGGAGACAGAGAGCCAUCGGCAUAGAAUUAACUUUGUUUGGCUCCAAAUAAAAACACAAGUCAUCUCAACUACGCAGUUGUCGUAGUUUUUUUGUCUUUCUGGGAAGAUAUAUCCUAUCGUAUUCCCUGAAAAGAUCAAUCAGAGAGGGUAUGUGCCGGGGUGAAACAUUAGUCCGUGUAAGUGAGAUAAAGCUGCCAAGACGCAGCAUCAUAUGAUGCAAAAUGCAUCAAUACCAGCUGUAUUUCUGUGUUUUGAAAGUUAUAUAUCGUGAAAACUUGAUUGCUGACAUGCAAAACAUUUUGGGGCUAUAUCAACAAUGGACUAAUGAAAUAAAUACCAAAAGAUAGUUGUUGUUUCUUUCUUUAAGGGCCCUACACACCCUACAUAAAGAGCCGACGUAAACAGAGUGAUGGAGCAUCAUCAAAACAAACUUUAUUUGUCACAUGCGCCGAAUACAAGUCUAGACCUUACCAUGAAAUGCUUACUUACAAGCCCUUAACCAACAGUGUAGUUCGAGAAGAGUUAAGAAAAUAUUUACCAAAUAAACUAAAGUUUUAAAAAAUGAUAAAAAGUAACACAAUAACAUAACAAUAACGAGGCUAUAUACAGGGGGCACCGGUACUGAGUCAGUGUGAAGGGCUACAGGUUAGUCCAGGUAAGUUGUACAUGUAAGUAGGGGUGAAGUGACUAUGCAUAGAUAAUAAACAGUGAGUAGCAGCAGUGUACAAAACAAACGGAGGGGGGGUCAAUAUAAUGGUCCAGUCAUAUACUGUCCAUUCCAAAAUCUUUGCCGCACAAAAGUACAUACAGUUGAAGUCGGAAGUUUAGGUUGGAGUCAUUAAAACUCAUUUUUCAACCACUCCACCAAUUUCUUGUUAACAAACUAUAUUUUUGGCAAGUCGGUUAGGACAUCUACUUUGUGCAUGACACAAGUAAUUUUUCCAACAAUUGUUUACAGACAGAUUAUUUCACUUAUAAUUCACUGUAAACUUCCGAAAUAAUUAA